AUGAUUGCCAAACCCUCACCCAAAGAAGAUCCAUGGUUGAUGUUAAAUGGCCCAUCUCGUGCGCUCGUGUUAAUUGACCCGAUUGCAUUUGAAGUUCAGCUAAAAGUAAAGAGCAAAACAGAGCCUGGAAAGGAUGAACUGUUGGCUUUCAAAGUUUUCAGCUACUACAAAGCUUUUCAUUCUGAUGAGGUGGUAUUUACACGCUUCACGUGCAAGCGCUGCACGCUUGAGUUUGCAUAUGCGCCGCUGCUUCCUUCAGUCGAGGCCACUGUCACUGUCCAAGUUAUUGAUGGGUCAUGGGACGACCAUGUUCAAGGAGUUGUUACUUGCCGCACUGCCAGCAUGGAAAAUGGGGAGAUGGUGUUGCUUGCUUCUCGAGAUGGAAAAAUGCCUGUCAACUCGGAUGGUGUGAUUGAGCUUUCAAGGCGCGUUGUUUCUGUAGAAUUAAGGGGACAGCUGUUGGUUUCUGUGCUGGGCCGUGGGACGGGUGAUAAGAAAGGUUUGGUCGCGACAGAUACCGCUCUCUUUACACAGAUGAAUGCCGGCACGAGUCAUGGCGUAUGUGAUCUUGGUUUCUGCAAGGUGCAAGUUACUGUUGCUUGGUCCUUUCUUUCUACCCUGGCAGACAUGCUGUUUUCUGCUUAA